UUCAAAUAUCAUAGGCGGUUAUUACUUAGUUAUGCUGCCGUACCGCGUAAGGAGUUCCGCACUUCCGCGUUAAUUGAAUAACACCCAAUAAUUCUGCACGAUUCGUUAUUUGAAACUUGGAGGAAUUGCAAAUAUAACAAAUAUAAUUACAAAAUGGAAUUACGUGAACCAAAGAAGAAACGACAUGUAAGAUUAGGAAACCAAAUGCCAUUACCAAUUGGAUUGGGUAAGAAGGAAUGGCCUGUUUAUGAGGCUUAUCUUACGCCCAUGGGAUGUUCUGUAUUACAGCAACAGGAUAUGAUUGAAUUGAAUUCUAUGGGCUGUUUUGGGAAAGGAUCCCUAUCACGUGGUUUUCCAUCAUUUGGCAAAGCACGUUAUGGUGCACCUCCCAUUAUAAGAAACAGGCAAUGGAUCUGCAGACAAGAAUGGCUAAGACAGUUUAAUGAACUUAGCAUGAAAUCAGUAGAUUCAGAAGAGGGUAUCUGUGAAUUAUCCCAAUCUGAAAUUGAUAAAGAUAUCAAUUGUCUAGAUGAUCCUACAAAAGAAAGUGCAUCACCACCGAACAUAAUUGAAGUAGAAACAAAUUCUGCUACAUUAAAGAAGUGUGACAAGCAGAAAGAAAUUAAUAAAGAGGUAGAAAUUGACAAAGAAAUAGAAAUAGUGACGGCAAAUGUUAAUUCCACUAAAGAGAAUAAUAUAGAGAUCAUAGAAGUUGAUGAGUGCAAGACUGAUGAGAGUGAGGAGAAACCUGUUGAAAAUCAAGAUUUUACUUUCACGGAAGAUGAUAUAUGUUUUGGAAAUAGUAAUACAAGUAUUGAAAAUAAAUUGCUUGUCUUACCAGAUAGUGAUUCGGAAACUGAAAAUUACUUCAAAGAAAUAAAACCAAAGAUUGAAUAUGAAACUUGUCCAGUCUUGGAAGCUCUUAAUCUUACAUUUGAAGAGACAUUUUUUCUUCUCUUUGGUUUGGGAUGUUUAAAUUUAUAUGACUACAGCGGUGAAACACUAAGCAUUGAUGCUGCUUGGUACCAUUUUCGUAAGAUGGACCAAAAUUUUGUACAAAAGUAUGUCGUGUACCACUAUUUUCGAAGCAAAGGAUGGGUAGUAAAGCCUGGACUUAAGUACGGUGGCGAUUUCUUACUGUAUAAACAAGGACCAUCGUUUUAUCAUGCAUCCUAUAUUGUACUGAUAGACGUGCUAGAUGCUGAUACGUUAAUUAGAGAUGAAACUAAAUGCACACCCAGAACAUGGAACGAUUUAUUAGGAUUAGAAAGAUUAUCAGAAACUGCAGCCAAGGAAAUAUUAUUUGCACAAGUUCUGUGGCCAUCCUCAGCAUCGCAAUCAUUUGAUCUCAUGCCUGUGGAUGUAAUAUUUGAGUUUUCUGUAAAAGAAUUGUUAUGGAGAAGGGUAAAUCCAAAACAUAAUAAAGAUAUAGAGGAAGAUGACGAUGAUUCUUCUUAAGCUUUUAUUGCUGCAUUCCUUUUAUCAUAUAUAUUUAGAUAGAACAAUCCAUUACUUCAUUAAACUCAAUAUAACGCUACUGUAACUUAUGUACAUUGUUAAUAAUUUGUAAUAAAUUAUUUUUAAGUA